AUGGCUGGAUCUGGAAGCUUAGAAGCGAGACUUCCAAUUUUCUCUGGAGAGAACUAUGAAUUUUGGUUGAUUAAGAUGAUUACCAUAUUCCGAUCUUAUGGUCUUUGGAAUCUGGUAGAGAAAGGACUUCCUUCAUCAGAUUCAAAGGAGAAGAAGAUAACUGAGGAAAUCUCAGAAGAAGAGGUUGAUGAGAAAGCAGCUAUCAUUCUCAUGAAGGAUGCAAAAGCUCUUGGAAUUAUCCAAAAUGCAGUUUCUGAUCAGAUCUUUCCCAGGAAAGCAAAUGCUGACUCUGCAAAGAUGGCUUGGGAUCUGCUGUACUCAGAAUAUCAUGGUGGAGAGCAUGUUAGAUCGGUAAAACUUCAAAAUCUCAUACGUGAAUUUGAGUACACUAGGAUGCGUGAUAAUGAAACCUUAUCUGAUUAUCUUACUAGACUAAAUGAAUUGAUCAACCAAAUGAAAACGUUUGGUGAAGUGCUUUCAAAGGAGAGGCAGGUGCAAAAGGUCUUAAUUAGUCUAAGUAAGAAAUAUGAUCCUAUAUGUCUUGUGAUUGAAAACACAAAGGAUUUGGAAACUGUGGAGUUGCAAGAAGUAAUUGCUAUAUUGAAGAGUCAAGAACAACGGUUUGAAAUGCAUAAUGUUGAUACACAUGAAAAAGCAUUUGCCUCAUUCACUGUGAGUUCCAAAGGUCAGAAUAAAAAUGGAUCUCAGUCUGGUUCAUCCAAGUCACAGGGAAAUUGGAACUCUAAAGGAAAGCCAUGGGAAUCAAAAAGCAAGUCACAGCAGAGCAGCUAUCCUGCACAGAAUGUCAAUUCCACAAACCAGGAGAAUGCUAAACCUCAAUGCAAGGUGUGUUCAAAGCAUCAUUUUGGUGAGUGCAGAUAUAAGGGAAAACCAAAAUGCUAUAACCGUGAUAGAUUUGGACAUUUUGCUAGGGACUGCACUGUUAAUGAGAAUGUGCAGAAGAAAAUUAUGUAA